CUUAGCCGUAGACUGGGUCAACAAAGAGCUUUACUGGAUAGAAGAAAAUGACCAGCGGCUCAUGAAAUCUGAUCUAGAAGGUGGAAAUCAAAAGAUUGUGGUGCAAAACUCGACAACGUAUAACUUCACUUUUCCCAAUAACAUUGUCGUGGACCCGUGUAAAGGCCUCGUAUUCUUUGUGAGUAACUACGCAGUUUACCAAAUUGAGUCAAAAAAUGGAGACAUAACACAGGUUGAAGUAGAUGGGAAUGAAGCUGGAGUUAGGGAAAGAGGUGUAAGAACGAUAGCACUUGACAGAAUUAAUGAAUAUAUUUACAUCGCUGGGGAAGAAAAUGAAAGUAUUGGUGAAGAGACGGAAAACACUCAUUACUUAGCAAAAGUCGCCUAUGAUGGUAGUGAUAUUAAAGAAUUUCCAAUGAAGGGCAUGGGUGAUAUUUUCAGCAUGGAUGUGUUUAAUGGUACAUUAUAUUUAGCUGAAUAUAAAUCCGAAGGUGUUGUUCAUUCAACUGAACACCUGUUGUCAGUUAGUACGACUAUAUCUGAAAAACUAUCCACCACAAAACUGUUCGUACCAUGGAAAUAUUACCAGAGCAUUUAUAACGUGAAGAUGUACGGGCCGAGGAUUCAGACCUGUAGAGCUGACUAAAAGUAUCAUUUUUGCUGUUAUUGAACCAUUAUUUACCAAUUUAUAAAUUUAUUUACUAUUUACUGACAUCAUAAAGAAAAUGUAUAUUGUAUUUUGUAAUAAACAGUUAAUUUAUAGCUUGAACAGUAUUGUAUUCUGUGCAUGUC